CCUUUAGAGGAACAGAAAACUUCACAGGUGAGCAAAGUCAAAACAUUCCACAAUAACAGAAUUGUAACACGUGAUGUGUUGUCUCAUUGUGUGUUGAUUUUGUGUUUAUAAGAGACGACACAAGGUUAAGUUAAAAGUAACACAAAGCAUGUUAUGUUGUCAUUCACUAGAGAUGUGUUCAGUUAGGAACAGAUUGUGUUGUUUUAACAGUUGAUUGAGCAUCUAAACAUAAUAAACUUACAUUUGUUAUUCAGAUUUGUGUCCCCUGACAAUCAAAUGAUUUUCAUCCGAUAAGGAACACGUUUUAAUUUUCUAAUCUGAUAAAAAUGUACUUUUCCCUGAAUGUAAAGAUUCUUCUGAUGGCAGAUCACAGUCUUGUCUGGAGUGUGUGAACUUUGAUGAGACGUAAAAGAAAAACAGGUAUUAAAAGAAAUCUGUGGUGCCUAACAUCAUAAUCUCUAAAUUGAGAAUUUCUCAUCUCUAAAGAAAUGAGUUUUCUCCUGAUGCUCAGUUUGUCUUCUAACAUCAGACGUGAACUCGUCUUAUUUUCUGUGGUUAAAGUGUUGAUCUUUGAAACUCUUAUCAGGAGCUCAGAGCUCAUAUAAACUCAUGUGUGUGUGUGUGAGUGUCAAUCGCUCGUUCACUCCUCGAUCCUGAACAUUCAACAACAUGAUGACAGCAAACAACAGACUGAUGCUUCUCACGCUGAUCAUCUGUCUGCUCGUCCACAUACAGGUAAAGGCGGCACCUGUAGACAGUAGCUGGACGUCCGGGCUGAUUCAUCGUGCCAAGCGCUCGUUGCUAUGGCGAUGGAACACUCUGAAGCCAGUGGGUUCUGGAUGCAGAGAUCAUAAUGAGUGUGGAACAAACUACUGCAGGAAACACACGUGUGCGUUUAAAAGCCAGCAUACGACUGACAGAACAUCACACUGAAUCCUGCGAGUGGUCAUGAAACACUUGUGUGUGUGUGUGACUAUAAACCAAACACUCAAGUUUGCAUCCAUAGUUUGAUGUAU